AUGCCUCCCAGAAAAAGAAGAUCCACCGCCACCCUCGCCGGCGACAACAAACGUCCCCGUCUUGACAGAAAAGGCUGGCCCAAGACCCAAUCCGAGUGCGAGUUCUACGGUUUCCGCAAUCCCGUUGAAUACGACGCCGACGUGGACGAGAACAUCCCCGAGCUGGUGCGCAGUCGGCCAUACGAUGGCAAGAAGCACUACAAGGCGCGCUUGGCAGAGGGGCUUCCCCCGAUGCAUGAUCUAGAGGAGAUCUAUCAGUCGAUCACAAGCAAAGCGCUAGAGCUGGGCUUUGAGAAAGUGCUAGAGCACCUUGGAGGUAGGCCGUUGCGGGUGGCGACGGUAUGUUCGGGGACGGAGAGUCCGUUGUUGGCGUUGGAGAUGGUUAAGGCUCAAUUGAAAAAACAUUUUGGCAUGACAUUGCAGUUUCGACAUCUCUUCAGUGCUGAGAUCGUGCCGUUCAAGCAGGCGUACAUCGAGCGCAACUUUCACCCUCGCCGUGUGUUUCGGGAUGUGAAUGAGCUGAAAGAUCGAGUGGCAAAAACCGCGUACGGGUCUCUGGAAAAGGUCCCCAAGAACGUGGACCUCCUGGUGGCAGGCUUCUCCUGCGUUGACUUCUCCGGUCUUAACAACAACCGGAAGACGCUCGACGACAAGGGGGAGUCCGGAGGAACGUUCUGGGCGAUCGUCCGCCACGCAAUGGUCUACCGCCCCCGGAUGAUCAUCCUGGAGAACGUCAGCUCGGCACCCUGGAAGACGAUCAGUCAGGAGCUCGCGGAUAUUGACUACCUGGGGAUUCAUGUGCCCGUGGACACCAAGGCCUACUACCUGCCUCAGACCCGCGAGAGAGGGUACAUGCUAUGCCUUGACAUGAGGCGGAUGAAGGUUCAGGGCCUUACCGACCAAGAAGUCAUCAAAGGAUGGCCCGAACUCGUUCAAAGCUUUCGGCGUCCGGCCAGCUCCCCCAUGGGUAUGUUCACAUUGUCCGCAGACAACAAGCAGCUGGAACAGAUCGAGAAGGACAUGGCGGCCCAUCAAGCGGCGGCGACCACGCGCUCAAAUGUGGGCUGGGCGAGGUAUCAGCUUCGCCACCACUAUUAUCGCAUGGACAAUGACCUUGGCCACAAGCGUCCCGUGACCAGGUCCCAGGAUAACGGUGCCCGACAGAUGCUCGACUUUUGCUGGAAGAGAUUCUGUGCGGUCGUUCCAGAGAGGGUGGCUGAGACCAUCGACUGCAAUUUCCUUCGAAAGCUCCAGGGUGAUGGUUACGACAUGAGCUAUAAAGAGCGAUGUUUGGAGCUCUCUCAGGGAAUCGAGCGGGAUAUCGACAGUCGGGCUUAUGGCGUCAUUGGCUGUGUCACUCCCAGUGGCAUUCCUUAUCUCACCACAAGAGGAGGCCCCCUGUGCGGCAUCGAGGCUCUCAGCCUACAAGGAUUGCCUGUUAGCAAGCUCAUCUUAACACGGGAGUCGCAGCGUGACCUACAGGAUCUGGCAGGAAACGCAAUGAGUUCGACUGUCGUCUGCGCUGCGAUGCUCGCCGGUCUGAUUAUCGGCCAUGCAGUCUUCGAGAAAGGUAAACGCCCCUCUUCGCCCAGAUGCAGCACCUCCAAGGCCAAGAGCAUCACUUUCAAGGAAGCCGUUCCGUUGGCCCCCAGCAAUCCCGAUGCGCCUCGUUCGGAUGACGUCUCUGACAUCGGCACACUUUUGGAAAGAGCCGCCCCCAGUGCCAGGUACUGUAUUUGUGAGAAGCAAUCGACAGUCCGUCAGGACAUCCUCAGAUGUACACUGUGUGGGCACACUGCGUGCGCAAGCUGUGCUGGCAAUCCAAGCCAUUCAUACACCCCCCUGCAAGUGAUGAGAAACCCACCUGCGGACUUCGUGACGGAUCUUAGAAAGAUCAUCCCCAACAGACUGGCUGUGUCCGGUAUAACCGCGGAGAGCUACAGUAGCCUCAAAAAUGACACCUCGGUGAUUUGUCCUUCCGUCAUCUGGGAAGACUACAUAGCCGCUGUGAUUCAAACGGUGGGUGACGAGCUCCACUUCUCAGACAUCACACGGGGAACAGCUUGGGUGGUCACUUACGUGGGUGAACAUUCGACCCUCAACCUUGUCAUUAACCCGGCAAGCGGGGUCGAAUGGCGUCUAUUUGCCAAGGCCCUCGAAACCGAGCCCGCGCGUUCAGUGAACCGGGAGAUUCUUGCGAAGCCAAUUGCGCGGAUGCGGGUCACGUCAAACUCCAUGUUUGAAGGUACCUGGCAGGUUUGUGCCCCGCUGAGCUCAAGCUUGGAUCUCAUCUUUGAACCGGCGGGCGAGCAAGUGCCGACUUAUGAGGCAAUUUGCGGCCUGCAGGGAGAAGGAGUCCCAUCAUCGAAAGUGUGGUCCCAGGUCGUCAUCCAAGGCUCCGAUGAGGACACAAGCAGCCUCGAGGUCGAUUUCCGAGGGACAUACAAGCUUUUGCCUGAGUGUGGCACGGCGAGUGCAUCUCUUCACAAAAAGGAGGCCAGCGAGGGCAAGCCAGCGGUAUAUCUCUUCCUGGAUCCGACAAAGCUGGGCGAGCCAAAGUACGACUCAUUCGUCUUCGCCUUGGAGCAUGCACGAGAUCCUAGCUAUGCACCGCGGUUAACUAUUGCCGAAGUGACUCACACUUGGCGUCCGAGCAGACAGCCCAAAACUCACCAGGAGUCUGUCCGUACCUAUCAUCGCAGAUGGGCCGAUGUCAAAACGAUCUACUUGCAGCCCUACUCCUCCGAUGCCCCUAUCACCUUCCAAAGCCUCGAGCCGGGGCACACUAUCUCGAUCGAUCACACUGGCUGCAGAACGGAGAAUAUCACCUUGUUAUCAUUGUCAGCACCAGUGGACACUAUUGGCUCGUUUGGGGGCGUAGGAGCGUGGGAAGUCAUCAAUCCUUUGGACUCACCGGCUGAGUUGAGGGAUCUCGCUUGGUUGCUGCUCAGAGCCACCACCUCUACCGGCUAUGAACAGUGGAACCGGAUCAUGGAAAUGCAGGCAUUGAGUAGGGAUGGCAAAUUUUCUGGAUGUACUGUUUGCACUCCCCAGAAGCCAGCGAUGGUCUGGAGCUGCAAUAAACGGGGUCUCAUCAAAGCCUGCGAGGAUCCUCAGGACGCUGCUCUAUACGAGAGGCAGCUCAAGUCGAAGCCAGUCCCUUUCUUGGUGUUCCGCCGGGUGGACGAGAACGAUUUUGGAAACUUGCGAAUUACCCUCAAUGUCCAGACUCUCCUACACCAGGCGUACAACAAAUUUCUUGGCUCAAGCACCGUUGACGGUGUCUCUUUUCUUUGGCGCUUGGUUCCUAACGCACACGAAACGAGAAAUUUGGCAUUCUCAAAGUUUGAGCUCGGUAACAACGACGCAGACCCCCCAUCCAUCCAGCCCCCCAAUUUUAAGCUCACGCUGCGGCCAGAACAGCUUCGGUCUUUACAUUGGAUGAUCAAGCAGGAGUCUGACGAGAUCGAGCCUUUCGUUGAAGAGGAGGUGGAGGAAGCCCUACUCCCUGAACUGACGUGGCGGGCGGAGGCGAAAGUGAGCGCUCCCAGGACGAUCCGUGGCGGUCUUGUCGCAGAUGACGUUGGUUACGGGAAGACGGCCAUCAUUCUUGGAUUGAUCGAUGCGCAAUCCAGACGGGACAAUGCGCCCAGACCUGCACUGACAAACGGCUUCAUCCCAAGCAAGGCGACCCUCAUUCUGACUCCUCGCACGAUCUUCACACAAUGGAUGCUCGAGAUCACCAAGUUCCUUGGGGCGAAAUAUAAAGUCCUUGGUUUCAGUAAGAGCACUGACCUCGACGAGGUAACGAUUCGCGAGAUUCAAGAGGCGGACAUUGUCUUAAUCGCCUGGGAAGUUUUCGGUGAUCAGAAAUAUUACCGGAAAAUGCAAAUGUUUACCGGUAUGCAACGGGUGCCCCAGCCAGAAGGUCGCAAUUUCGUAGACUGGUUUUCCGAGGCCCAUCAGGCCCUCACCGGACAGGUUGACACCCUCAUGAACAAAGGCCCCUCUGCAUUCCUCGACUCCUUGCAGGCCAGACGCCAGAAGUGGAAAAAUGCCACGGCGAAUUUUACCUACACCCCAUCCAAGCGACUGAGAGGAAGGCAUUAUGCGGAAGCCAAUGCAGAUCAACCUCGCGAUGCAGGAAUUGACAUCGAAUACGCAGCCUUAUCUGCCAACGAGGAGUCAGACACUGAUGACGAAAGAGAUCCCGCCACCCUCCGGUCCAAGAUAUCCGAACUCGUUAAACUCCAACCACUGAGAACAUUUGCUCCUCCAAAGAGGAAGAAGAAAGGAGAGACGGGGGAGCAGGACGUGGAAGGAGAUGCAGUGAACGAGGAGGCAAAUGAAGAAGCUGCUACGGUCGAAUCAGAUCGCGAUGACACCGAAUAUGAGGACAUCGAUGCUCCCUCAGGCCAGAAGUCUGCCCCCUCGAGCCGUGAUGCCAGCUCAAACCACGAAGUUCUUGCCAGAAGAAAUAAGAAAGACAAGACCACCAAGCAGGGCCAAAACUUGUUCUGGAGUGACAGAGAAGGGUUCGGCAUAGACAGAAAGACAAAGGAUCGAGAUUGGGACACAACGAAAAACCUGACGAUCCAUGCUUUCUCGUUUGAACGUCUAGUGAUCGAUGAGUUCACAUAUGUGAAAGUUGAACCCAAGCCCAUCGCAGCUCUACAAGCUCACGCGCGAUGGGUGCUCUCCGGGACGCCGCCCUUGAAUAACUUCGCCGAUGUGAACACGAUUGCGCCGCUUUUGGGGAUCCACCUCGGUGUCGACGAUGAUGACGUGAAGACACAUAAUAAGCUUCGAAAAUUGAAAAAGAAAAUUCAGUCCGACGCGGAGAUCUUCCAAGCUUACCGAGCCCCCCGAAGCGAGACAUGGCACCGAAAUCGACAUGAACAUGCCCAGACGUUCCUCGACCGCUUUGCCCGCAAGAAUGUUCCUAAGAUCGGCGAAAUCCCGCUCACGGAGCAUUAUAUCCUCGUUACUCUAUUGCCAGCAGAGACAGCAAUCUAUUAUGAGCUUCAUAGGCAACUUUUGGGGUUGGAGGAGCAGGUCAUUCGCGGCAGCCGGAGUAAAAUCGGCGGCGAACGGACAAAGCAAAUUGACGAGGUCAUUAGCAGUAGCAACUCAGCCGACGAGGCACUGCUCAAGCGCUGUACAACUCUUGCUCUCAGCAACCAGUGGAAGAACGAAAAGCCGGAGGUCACCACCUGCAAGUCUCUCAUUGAGACGCGCCGGGGCCAAAUCGCCGAUGCCAAGGAGAUGUUCACUAGGGAAGUCAAGUUAGCCACUUGGCUGCGGGGAAAGGCUGACAAGAACGAACCUCAUUUCCCGAAAUUCAACGAGAGUGUGAAGGGAGAUGGCUUUGGUGACAAUGCGGUGACAGCCGAAGCCGAAGCCGUUAUCCAAAAGGCUUCUCUUGAUCAGACGGAAGAUGAUUGGCAAUUCUUCUUUUUAGAGCCCAAGCAAAGGACCGGCAAAGCAGCGGCAGGAGAGACACGUGAGAGCGCAGAUGGAGGUACGCCAACGAAUCAGAAAAAGGAGGACAAACUGCCUGCGCUGCCGGUAAGGCCAGAGAAGAAAGAUGAUAUCGACGCAGUGCUGAGAAGAACCGUGGCAAACAUGCGCAGUUAUCUUGCAGAGUGGGUUAUGCGAAUAAGGGCCCUCAGAUUCCUGGAAGCCAUGCAUCGCGUGCAAGCGAAGCUGGAGUUGAAUUGCGACAAGUGCGAUCAGAGGGACCUCAGUCCAAGUAAAAUCAUCAUCCUCGAUUCAUGUGGCCAUUCGAUCUGUUCCACCUGUGCUGUGCAAUUCAAGACCAGCGAAGAGUGUGUGCUCUCCACCUGCGACGGCGUAGCCAAGAAGGAGAAUUUCGUAGACGCAUCAGAGCUUGGCGGCAACGAGAAGGAUGUCAGCGCACGAUACGGAGGGAGCAAGAUGGACAAACUGAUUGAGGUCAUCGAAAACAUACCGGAAGGCGAGAAAGCGUUGUUAUUUAUUCAGUUUGAAGAGCUCAUGAAAGCGGCCUCAAAGGCCCUCACUCUCGCCCAGAUCGAGCACACCGCAAUCUUCGCCGACGAUAAGGCGUCCACGAAGCAGCUAGAAAGGUAUCUGACAGAGGGAUUCAGAGACAAUCGCGUUUUAAUGUUAAUGUUAGGGAACGAAAUGGCGGCGGGCCUGAACCUCCAAGAGGCCAAUCACAUCGUAUUCCUCUCCCCAAUGCUUGCAGAGACUCAGUACGAUUAUGAGUCAACAAUGAUCCAGGCAGCAGGACGGGCCCGGCGGUACGGACAGACGAAACACGUCCACGUGUAUCACAUUCUGGCCAAACGGACUGUGGACGUGUCCGUCUUUAAGUACCGCCGGGGCUCCGUCCUGCGACAGGGGUGA